AUGCAGCGUCCACACCACGACCAGCAGUCCCAACAGCAGUCGCGGGUGUACGCCUCCUUCACCGAAUCUAUAUCGAACCCGUCGUCAACCCAUUCGUCCCCACGAACCUUUCCUUCCGAUCUCGAUGCCUUUUACCCCGCACACCAGCUCGGCAUUAACAGUGGGAGCGGAGGAAGCAAUGUCGGGACCAGCAGUAGCAGCAGUGGGAGUGGCAUGCACAGCCAUAUAAGCCACCUGCAGCACUCGCAGACGUACCCUCUCCCAGCGGGCACGCAGAUGCACCCAUACAUUCCCGCCCAUCAGCGGCGGCCCCCGCUUCCGCACCAGAAUACGCACCCUCAUGCGCCCUUCCACCACCUACACCAGGGGCAGGGACAGCAGUACUCGCAAACGCACAUGCAGCCGAGCCGUAGCUCGUCGUACUCGUCGACGUACACCGCACCGAUGCCACUGCAGGUGAGCACGUCGUCGAGCUCCGUCACGCAGUCUGAGCACGAUCCGAACGAACGAACGGCGAGACCGGGUAAUGCGCAUGUUCAUACUCAAUUCCAUCAGGCGUUAAGUGCCGCUGCGGCGGCGGCAUCAGGAUCGGGAGGCGGCAUAUCGGUGACGGGGGCGGGGGCGGUAGAUGCCGAAGGGGCGGGAGCGGGGUCGGGGGCGGGGAUGGCGCAGGAGCGUGCCGAAGACGGCGGCGGCCGGGGCGGCAGCAGCGCAGAAAUUUGUGCGGAGACAAACCAAAUUUCCUCAUCAUCACGCCCCUCGUCGUCACACUCACGCCCGUCCACGUCACACUCGCGCUCGUCGUCGUCCGCGUCGCCACCACAAGCUCAACAGCAGCAACAGCAAGACUACACAGCAAGCACCCCGGGCCUCUCCGCGGGGCUCAGCCGACCCCUCAAACCCAUUGAGCAAGAACGGCUCGCGCAUUUAGACAGGCUAAAGUUUUUCCUCGCCACUGCACCGUCGUCGUGGGAUGCCGCCGCGAAGGCGUCUGGAUCUUCUUCUGGGUCGUCAUCUUCAGAGGGGGAGUUUGCGUACGGAGGCGGGGGAAAUGGCGGGUUCUCCGGUAUGGGCGGGGCACUCAGUAUGAACUCAAACUUGGGUCUCGGUAUGCCCCUAGUCGAACCCGCAUAUCAUCACGCUCCGCCGCACCCAGCGCUCAACCGCUUCCUGCUGCCCAACCAGGAGUUCGUGACGUGUGUGCUUUGGAAUGGGCUGUACCAUAUUACGGGCACGGAUAUCGUGCGUGCGCUCGUCUUUCGGUUCGAGGCAUUCGGUCGGCCAGUGAGGAACAUGAAGAAAUUCGAGGAGGGUGUGUUCAGCGAUCUGCGCAAUCUGAAGCCGGGCGUCGAUGCUUGUCUCGAAGAGCCAAAGAGUCCCUUCCUCGACUUGCUCUUCAAGUAUCAAUGCAUUCGCACGCAGAAGAAGCAGAAGGUCUUUUACUGGUUCUCCGUCCCACAUGACCGCCUCUUCCUCGACGCGCUCGAGCGCGACCUUAAACGCGAGAAGAUGGGUCUCGAGCCCACAACACAGGUAGUCGGCGAGCCCGCGCUCUCAUUCACAUACGACUCCAAACGGAGCCUGUACGAGCAAUUCAGCAAGGCUCAGGGUGUGCGAGACGGCGAGGGCGAGUUGGAGACGAGCUUGAGGAUUGCGGAGGAUGGAUCAGGUGUGGGUGGGCAGGGAGUAGGUGCGGGUGCGAGUGAUGGAGCUGAGGGGUCCGGGUCGGUGUCGGGGGACAACAGCGACGCACACAUGCACGAUGAGAGCGAGAGUGAGAGCGUCGACGACUCCGGUAUGACCGGCGGCGAGGAGAGCGACGCUGCCGGCAGCAGUGGGGCCCAUCGUACGCUGAAGCGGCGCUCGGGUGCACCGAACGGCCACCCGUUCUUCACGAACAUACCGCUAUUUGAGGGCAGCCCGACGUACAAGCAGCGCAGGAAGAAGGGUACCAAGGGUGGGAGUAUGUUGAGGAAGGGCAGUGAAGACUACCCGGACGAGUUUGAGCGAGGGCGUAGUGUUGGGCUUGGAGGUGUUGGUGUGGGUUUGGGUGCUGGUAUUGGCACAGACAGGAUGGGUAGCGUGAGCCGCGAGCGCGGUGCUCGUCCCCCGAAGCACCCAAGUAUGCUUCACGAAUUUGGCCCUGGCUCGGAAGAUGCCAAGGCUCAGGAGAUGGCGGAGAUGAGCGCCGCGGAUAUGUUUCUCAAGCAAGCAAGAGGUCAACUCGUGCCCGGCGAUGGUGUGGUGCGCAAACCGAAGCCGCAAUAUGUUGCGGGGAAUGUGAGCGUUGUGUACCACCAUGAUGGAAGUGUGCAGCAGGCGCAGCAGCAGAUGCAGCGUGGACAAGGCCAACAACAGCAUGCCCGCCGAGCGAGUGCGGAUGUCGGGUCACCCGACUUUAGCGACCCCGACGGGAGCGAAGGCCCCAUUUCGGCGUCAUAUAUGCAAACAACAUUCGACCCCAGUACCAUUGCACCACCCGCGACAGGACAGACUCAGCAACAGCAGCAAGGACUGACGAGCAUAUCACAGUACGACGCAGCAUCGCCGGACGGCAAGGUGCGCGCAUUCGUGUGCCCGCUUUACUCGUGUCAACGGCUUUUCAAACGAAUGGAGCAUUUGAAGCGGCACCUACGUACGCACACGCUCGAACGCCCCUUUUCGUGUACACGCUGCGGGAAGAAGUUCUCAAGGAGUGAUAAUUUGACACAGCACCUGCGCACGCACGAGCGCACGGGGCAUGGCGCUGCGGACUCGGUUGCGGGUGGUGCAGGCGCAGGCGCAGGUGGGGACCCGAUUAACUGGAUGGAACCGGAGAAUCCGGUGGUUGAGGGAGAGGGCAGCACCGGCGGUAGUCCUGGACAAAGUAUGCCGGGCGGGGAGGACGAUGGGGCAAUGCCUGAUAUGCUGGACUUUGGCGCUGGGGGCAACGGGAUCGUUAUGUUUGGCGGGGAGGAGGCAGGGCUAGGUCGGAUGGUGGGGAUAGAUAUGAACGUGCCGUAUGACAUAGACAUGCAUGGGUUCUCCAGCGAUCAGCUUGACGAGAGAAUGUGCGAGGUCGAGGUCCCCGGUGGUGUGCGCGAUGUUCAGGGUGAUGAGGAGGGCGAGGUGAUGCGUAUGGGCGGUGUCGAGCCGUCUCUCGUGUUUAGGCAGCAGCAGCAACAGAUGCCUGGCUCCGAGUUCCCGUUUGUCAGCCAGCCGUCGUCAGAUUUCUCCGACGGACAGUGGGCGACGCGCCCGACGAGCACGCACGGCUCACCCGCAGGUGGGUUCGCGCGUAUGUACCACACCCAUUCCUCCUCCUCGUCCCAGUCGUCUAAUUUUGGCGAAGAUUUCGGGCUCGCGUCGCUCUCUGCGCCGUCGCACCGGCAAAGCUUCGAUCAUGCAGGAUUGUACCCACCGAACCUGCUUGAAGGAGGCGGGAUCGGGCCUGUGAGACGGCACAGGAGCAUGACACCGUCACUUGCGCGCAACGGCGAGCCCAUCCGCCGUCCGAUGACCGCCAAUAGCAGCGAUCUUCAAGGUGUAGGUGGUGGAUCACCUGGGAGCGUCUCGUCGAUGAACUCGAACGGCGGCGCAGGAGCACGGGGGUACCACCCAUACUACAGCAACAACAACUCGCGCGCCAACUCGACACACAACAGCCCGCAGGUGCACUCCAUCCCGCUUGGAGGUGAGUUGGCAGCUGGACGGCCUGGAUCGCGUGGGUCGAGCUACGGCGGUGUGAGCGGGCUGCAUGAGCAGAUGCGGCAGAUGAUGAGCAUGGAUGGCGGAGGUUCAGGCGCGGGUGCGACUGGAUCUGUGUUUGGGGAGAACGCGUUUAGGACGGGCUCGCCUGCGUCCUUCCACCAAACCGAGUCCCCUGGAACGUUCAGCAUCGAUUUACCGUUGCAAUACACGGGCUCGCCUGGUUUCAACCCAGCGCAGCAACAAGUUUUGCACGCGGCGACGAUGCCUCAGUUUGGCUCCAGCCAGCAGCAGCAGUAUGAUGGAUAUUAUCACAAUGUCCAGCAGCCACAUGCAACGCUUUAA